CACUACAACAAGUUCCAUAAUGUUCACUUCCCGCUUCACCAUCCUUGCGCUGCUCACCUUCCUCGCUGGCGCCAACGCGGGAUGCGCAACGUGCCAAAACACGUUGGAAGUUAAUGGUGUGGCGACCUACACGCUAGUCAGCUACUACGUGAAGUCCGACAAUGGGUUCACAGAAUGCAGCUACGUGGAUAAGAAGGGCGACCAGGUGACCUGCGAGUAUACGAACGUCGGCUUGUUGGAGGACGGGGAUUCCACAUGUCCGCAAUGGUCAAGGAUGGACGGGUAUGGGUGUUGAGCAGGAUGUAAAGUGGAGAAGGGGACAUAAUGCCCAACGGGAGGAGCCAUAUCAGUCUGCAGACACCGGGGCACAUCAUACAUUACAAGAAUUUCCCUCAUGCACAUCUUGUCUUGACCAGCUUGUAGUCACCUUGAAUCCACUUGAGCAUUUCGAGAGA